GCGGGGGCUGCCCGGGCCGCGCCGCGGGGCGAUGUGAAUGGCGCUGGGGGUGCUCGGCGGGGCCGACAUGGAGCGGGAGAAGCUGGCGCGGCGGCCCGGGCUGGCGCUGCGCGGGGAGCGCCCCGAGGAGGGCGAGGGGGAGGCGGCGGGGCCCUGGCCGGGCUGCGGGCGGCUGCGGCCCUCCUCGUACCGGGCGCUGCGCAGCGCCGUCUCCACCCUGGCGCGCAUCGACGACUUCUACUGCGAGAAGAUCGGGGCCGGCUUCUUCUCCGAGGUCUUCAAGGUGCGGCACCGCCAGUCAGGGCAGAUCAUGGUGCUGAAGAUGAACAAGCUGACGAGCAACCGGGGCAACAUGCUGCGAGAGGUGCAGCUAAUGAACCGUCUCUCACACCCCAACAUCCUCAGGUUCAUGGGAGUCUGUGUGCACCAGGGACAGCUGCACGCACUGACGGAGUACAUCAAUGGUGGGAACCUGGAGCAGCUGCUGGACAGCCCCGUGCCCCUCUCCUGGUCCAUGCGUGUCAAGCUGGCCCUCGACAUCGCCCGUGGCCUGCGCUACCUGCACUCCAAAGGCAUCUUCCACCGCGACCUCACCUCCAAGAACUGCCUGGUGCGCUGCGAGGCUAACGGCUACACAGCUGUGGUGGGCGACUUCGGCUUGGCAGAGAAGAUUCCCACUUACAGCGAGGGCAGUGAGAAGGAGCCACUGGCCGUCGUGGGCUCCCCGUACUGGAUGGCGCCCGAGGUGCUACGAGGGGAGAUCUACAACGAGAAGGCCGAUGUGUUCGCUUACGGUAUCAUUCUCUGCGAGACCAUCGCUCGCGUCCCCGCUGACCCCGACUACUUGCCCCGCACGGAGGACUUCGGCCUGGACGUCACCACUUUCCGCAGCAUGGUGGGAAUGGACUGCCCGGCGGCCUUCCUCCAGCUCGCUUUCCACUGCUGCAGUAUGGAGCCGACGUCGCGCCCCUCCUUCCUGGAGAUCACGCAGUGCCUGGAGGGCAUCCUGCAGCACCAGCUGGGGACCGAGGGCGCUGGGGCCACCCUCUUCGUCGGCGGGGAGAGCUUGCCCGCUCCGGGGACAGCGGCCGCGCUGAACGGGGUAGCCGGGAGAGUGUCAGGCCGCGCCGAGCAGUCGCCCCUGCGUGAGCUGGGGAUGCAGCACCUGCAGCCGGACCAGCGCCUGUCCCGCAGCCAGUCCGACAUGUUCCCCCCCAAAUCACCCACCCUGCUGCGGCUGCCCGAGCCCUAUGGCGGGGCCAGGACCAAGGAGACGCCGCCCCGCGUCAACCCCUUCUCCCAGCGCGAGGACCUGAAGGGCGGCAAGAUCAAGCUCUUCGACACGCCGAGCAAGUCCGUCAUCUCGCUCACCUUCGACCUGCCGCCCCCGGCCGCGCUGCAGCUCAGCACCCCCGUGACGCCCGAGCCCGCCGUGGAGGUGCAGUGCGACUUCUCGGCCCCGGCCGCGGCCCCGCGCAAGUGCCACUCGCUGCCCGCCUCCCCGGAGCUGCCGCGCCGCGGCGGCUUGGCGCUGGGCGUGGGGCCGCCGCGCGCCGGCCCCGCCGAGCCCCGGCCUCGCAGCCCCGUCGGGGCGCCGGCCCCGGGGCGAGCCUCCCCGCCGGGCCCUGCCGCGGAGGAGCGGAUGGACUGUGGCCCCGACAGCCCCGAGCCGCCUCCGCUGCCCAACAGCAACUUCAUCAGCACGGCGGCCUCGGGCGCCCGGCCCUGGCCGCCGGAGCCGCGGCCCCCCAACGGCCUCCUCUUCAACAACAACCACGUGGUGGUGAGCAAGCCGCUGGCCUGGGGCGCCGGGCUGGAGCGCGGCUUCUCCGAGCUGAGCAUCCCGUGCGCGGCGGCGCUGGAGCGGACGGAGCGCGCGGCCAUGCUGCCCGGGCACGGCCCCGGCGCCGCGCUGGAGCAGGACGAGGUGCUGGCCUGCCCCGGCUGCUGCCUGGGGCCCUUCAGCUUCAGCUUCGCCUCCGUCUGCCACCGGCCCGCCCCGAGCCCGCCGCGCUACCAGAACCUCAACUGCGAGGCCAAGAGCCUCCUCUACCACCAGAAGCCGCCGGCGCCGGCCCUGGCGGAGCCCAGCCUCAAGCUGCCGGAAGCGCAGUCCUAGUGCUGGGGACGCGCCGGGGCCAGGGACGCGUCCGGGCGCCCCGCGGACCCCCCGCCUCGACCUCGGCGCGGGGCCGGUCCGGGAGCCCCGGGGGUCCUCGCGGCACGUCGUGCCUCGCUCGCCCGGACCCCGGCUGCCGCUGGUGGCCGUGAUGCCUGGCGCCGCCGAGGGGCUCGCAUCCCGGUGGGGUUCGUCCUUUGGGGUGUGCGGGGAGCCGCUGGGGAGGGCGCCCCCCUGCCCUGCCUGCGCCCGGCCACGGGGGUCCCCGCCGGGGGUCCCGGCGCUGCACUGGAGCGCCGCUGGGCUGAAGUGCAAUAACGGCGCCGUUUGGGGCGUGCACCAGUGCCACCCCGGGCGGCAGGGCUGGUCCCCCGCAGCGCCGCUGUCCCUGCUCGAGCCCCGGGCGCGGGAGCCCCGUCCCCAAGGGCUCACCCCGCCGCGGCGGGCUCUGGAGAGGGGGGCCUCGCGGGGCUGCAUGCCCAGCCGUGGGGCCGAGCAGCGCCAGGGGGCAGAGCGGUCAGCGUGUGGAUGCGUGGGUGCUGGGGGGCCCGUCGGAGUGGGGAGCAGGGAGCGCGUGCCAGCUCUCGGGUGCAGGGGGAGGCAGCACGGCGUGUGGCGGGGCACGGGAGACGCGGCAGUGCAUGGGGAGGAUGUCCGGGGCUGGGGUUUCCCGGUGCCCACGCGACGUGGCGGGGUGGGCGCCGAGCCGGUAUGACAGCGCACGCCGUGGGGGUCGAGAGCAAGGUGGCAGCCGGGGGGCCGUCCUGCCCUGGCACCGUGCCUGGGAGGGGGCAGCGCCGUGCUGCCCCCGCGUCACCUCCGAGCUGGGACGCCCCCGAGCCGGCCAGCGCCUCCCGGAUGGCCGUGGAGCCUGUCUGCGGCACGGCCGAGCCGCCCGGCCCCUAGCAAGGGUGGGAGCCGGCUUUCCUCCCUCCCACACGAAGCACUGGUGAAUGCAACACUCUUGUGGUUUUUUUUAUUAUUAUUAUUAAUAAUAAUAAUUGCUAGUAAUAUAUACCCAGCUUAUUUAAAGUGUUCAAUAAAAACUGAAUGUCCUAGCG